ACAGUUUUAAACUGACGCGAUCUUAAUCCAUCAGCAUUUUUAAAGUCGGUAGAGUUCACAUAUACUAAAUUUGAAUAUUACAAGUGUAAACUGAUUAUACGUUUUAAACAGAAUGAACUUUUCAGACUUUUUAAGAGGAAACAGUUUAUAUAAGAAUAUCAUUUAAUCAAUGAAUCGCAGUGUAGUAAAAAUGUGUAAAUAAAAGCUGAAAUGAAUUUUUAGUUAAAAUUUUCACUUUGAAAAAUACAAAAUCCAUUAAUUGAUUCAACAGUAAAUAAACUGCUUUAUUAUGAAUAUUGUAAAUUUUAGUAGCAUAUUUAAUCGCUGUUUGAAUGCAGCUGCACACAAUAUCAAUAAAAUUUCGGUCAGAACUCCGGUUACUGUUCCUACAAAAGGGACACGAAAAAUUAAGAAUGCUAGGCGAUACAAACGCCCUGAAGACUUAGUAGAUCCUUACUAUUAUGGCUUGGGACCAAAGAAGGAGGUUCAAUCUAUGGCUCAGUCUAUUUCAGACAGAGGUUUUGCAAGAGAGCAACAGGCCUACCAACCAUCCCCUAACGUAGAUGAACAACUUCUAAGCAUUAGUAAGAAAAUAUUUGGCUCUGAGUUAAGUGCAGAGUGGAAAAAUCAUCCCUUAGAUGAUCUUCUAUUGAAAUAUAAGGUAAUUACUAAAUCUAUAGAGACGUUCAAGAGAAAUGUUCCAAAUUCAAUGCUUCAUAGGAUGAAAACAUUAGAAGAUCUCUUAACAUACUUCAGUACGCCAGUUGAUGGAGCUUUGCCUUAUGAUGCACUUCUGAGAGACAAUGAAAAGCUUCCUCCUAAUUUGCAUAUUAUGUCUGACACUCCUACUUUCAACCCUGACACAGACUCCUUUUUCGAUGGCAUCACUGCAUAUCCUGGCCGAAAAAGAAUUGUUUACACUAAAACUGGAGAAAAAUUUGAAAAAAUUAUUGAAUGGCCAAAUAUCUAAUAUUGUUCAUUACUACCUAAUUUUAAAUAUGCAGUUGUAUAAAUAAAUGUGUUCAUGUUUUA